AAUUCCAGGUCGUCGUCUGUGGCGUUUCCAUUGCCCCGGGUUGGCCGCGCUCAAAUAAACCCACCCAAAAAAGCCACGAAUCAGGUCGCCGUCCCCUUUGGUGUCCGUCUCAGACAGGGAAAGAUGUGGCGCCACCACCACCAUGUCCUUGUCCUGCUCGCUUGCCUCUCGGUCCUGGCGGCCGCCGCUGCCGCGUCGCCGGCGAAGCCGAGGCCGUCGUCCCCCGGUUCCGUCCCCCCGGCCGUCGCGGUGGACUACGUCCGCCGGUCGUGCCGGUGGACGCGGUACCCGCUCGUGUGCGAGAGCACCUUGGUCCCCUGCGCGCCGGCCGUGGGUCGCAGCCCGCGUCGGCUGGCGCGGGCGGCGCUGGUGGUGGGCGCCGACCGCGCGCGCAACUGCUCCGCCUACAUCAAGGCCGGCGGCGGCGGCAAGGGGCCGGCGGCGAAGGACUGCGCGGAGCUGGCGCGCGACGCGGAGGAGCUGCUCCGGCAGUCGGCGGCGGAGAUGGAGCGGAUGGGGCGGGCCGGCACGCCGCGCUUCGAGUGGUCGCUCAGCAACGUGCAGACCUGGGCCAGCGCCGCGCUCACCGACGCCUCCACCUGCCUCGACUCCCUCGCCCAGGCCGCCAGCGCCAAGGAGGACAGGGACGCCGUCAAGAGGCGGGUGGUGGCCGUGGCGGAGGCCACCAGCAACGCGCUCGCGCUCGUCAACCGGCUCGACCCGGCACCGCACCGCCGGCUCUAGCAGUUGGCCAGCCAAAUCGGUCAUGUUUGAUCUCCGCCUCCAUCGCCAUACCUGUACCUUUUGGAUUGGUCUUAGUGACGAUUGAUUUUGUUGUUCUUGUUCUUGUCUGCGAGUAACUGUGUGCAAAAGUAAUUGGUUUUCAGUCCUGGUUUUCAGAAUGUUCUGCUUUUGGUUAACUAAUAAAAUAAUCUAAGAUGUGAUGAACCUAA